GCGGGGCCGGAGCGGGGCCGGGCGGCCCAUGGGGCCGGGCCGCGCUGCCGAUGGAGCCGUCGCGCAGCUGCGGCGACGGCGCGGAGGACGAGAAGAAGCCGCGGCGGCGGUGCGGCGGUGCGGACGCCGGGCCCUCCCAGCUGCGGCGGUGGAGCAGCGGCGGCGCGGCGGGCGCGGACAGCGCGGCGGCUCCGCAGCCCCGCGAACGCGGCGGGUCCGUGAGCCGGCAGCGGCGGGACUCGGUCCGCAAGAACCGCCCGCUCUUCCCCUGGUUCGGCUUGGACAUCGGAGGGACCUUGGUAAAACUGGUUUAUUUUGAACCCAAGGACAUCACGGCCGAAGAGGAAGAGGAAGAAGUGGAAAACCUCAAAAGCAUCCGCAAAUACCUGACAUCAAACGUAGCCUAUGGCUCCACAGGCAUUCGGGAUGUGCACCUUGAGCUCAAGGACCUUACCCUGUGUGGACGUAAAGGCAAUCUGCACUUUAUACGCUUUCCUACUCAUGACAUGCCUGCUUUUAUCCAAAUGGGAAGCGAAAAGCACUUCUCGAGCCUCCAUACUACCUUAUGUGCCACGGGAGGUGGAGCGUACAAAUUUGAGCAGGACUUUCGCACAAUGGGUGACCUUGAGCUUUGUAAGCUUGAUGAGCUGGAUUGCCUCGUUAAAGGAGUGCUGUACAUCGAUUCCAUGGGCUUCAAUGGACACUCGGAGUGUUACUAUUUCGAGAACCCCACGGAUGCUGAGAGGUGCCAGAAGCUCCCGUUCAACCUGGAGAAUCCCUACCCUCUCCUUCUGGUGAACAUUGGCUCAGGGGUCAGCAUUUUGGCUGUCUAUUCCAAAGACAACUAUAAACGGGUAACGGGCACCAGCCUUGGAGGGGGAACCUUCUUUGGCCUCUGCUGCCUUCUGACGGGCUGCUCCACGUUCGAGGAGGCCCUGGAGAUGGCAUCCCACGGGGACAGCACCAAGGUGGACAAACUGGUGAGGGACAUCUACGGAGGAGACUACGAGCGCUUCGGGCUGCCAGGCUGGGCUGUGGCAUCCAGCUUUGGAAACAUGAUGAGCAAGGAGAAGAGGGAAUCUGUCAGCAAGGAGGACCUGGCCAGGGCCACUUUAAUCACCAUCACCAACAACAUCGGCUCCAUAGCGCGGAUGUGUGCCCUUAACGAGAACAUCAACCGUGUGGUGUUUGUGGGCAACUUCCUUCGGAUCAACACCAUCUCCAUGAGGCUCUUGGCCUAUGCCCUGGACUACUGGUCAAAGGGACAGUUAAAAGCACUUUUCUUGGAACAUGAGGGUUACUUCGGCGCAGUCGGGGCUCUCCUGGGACUCCUGGACUCAGCCUGACUCCUUGCAGGAUCUGUGUUGGACCUACGGAUUCAGGGCACUCCCUGGGCCCCUGAGCCCGUGGUUUGGGGGUCACUGAGCCCAUAUUUCGUGUCACAGCCCCCACUGAGACUGUUCCACUGGGGUGGCCUGUGGGGAUGGGUGUCUGUAAGAGUUGAAAUCCAUCUGGGACUGCAGCGCAGGUUUGUUGCAGAGGAUGUGGUUGGAAUGCACUGGCUGGAUGUGGGGGUGUGUGGGAAGGUCUGUGGGGCAUUUCAGUCACAUGGAAUUGCCCUUUUUAGGUAAUUUUACUCUGUUUAAUGACUGUGACAAAGCAGAGCAGGGACACUCUGCUCCCUCCAGUGGGAUCCCUUGGAGUGCCGAGUGCCCAGGUCAGUUCUGUGUUUGCAAUCAGAGCUUCUCCAUGUGCUGGAAAAUGGUCUGGGAAGGGGGAAGAGCCUCAGCACAGCCCUGGUGUGUGUGACUGACUCCAUAUGGCCCCCUGGAUCCACACUGGGACACGGCUGUGCUGUCAGCCAGGCUUUAGCCCUGCUCCACACGUCCUUAUCUCCGUCCCGGGGAUGACAGGUACAGCACAGCACGGAUCUGUGCCUCAGGGUGAGUCCCAUGUCAGGCUCCAGCACUCCUGCACAGUCCUCAGCACCCUUUGAGAUGGUGGCAGGGGUGUCAGUCAGCCUCCAGCCUCGAGAUCUAAAUUUGAGGAUGGAAUUUCGUUGUUCGGUUGUCUGGGCUUAUUCUGUCUGUUACUGAACUCCACCAAAGAGACACUUCCUUCAGUCACACUUGGAUCUCUGUAAUAAUCCAUGUUGCAUUUUAAAAUGCCUACACUCCUGUCGUUUUGGCAAAAUUCUCCCCUUUCCAUGCAUGCUGUACUCCCUCUUUUCCCUGUGCAUGCUGCCGCACAGCCUGCAAGCAGGAUACUGCAGGGUGCAGCCCCUGUGGAAGUUACACCCUCAGGAUGGGGGGGUUGGAAUGGAUCCUGCACGCUCAAUAAAUGCUCUCUAAAAGCAACGAGGUAUCUGCAGCUUCCCUCAGGAUGUGAGCUCAUGGAGACACAGCUUUGGAAGUGUUCUGCCUUCCUAGGGUGCAGCUCCAUGGAGCACAGGGAAAGCUCUUCAGAUCAGGUCAUGGUGUCAGGGUUUAUCUCAGGAUAUCAGAAUGACCGUCACCGUGACCUCAGCACAGCCUUCCAGUCCUGGUUUCUUCUCAGAGAAACCAAUUUCCAGCUCUCUGAUCCCCUUGUGAGCGUGGCUGGAAGUGCAGGACAGCCCUGAGCCCUUCCCUGCCCCGUGAAUCCUGCCGGGCUCUGCCUGUAGCUGUGUCCUGAGAUCUGAGCACCCCAAGGUGGGUUCCUUGUGUGGCACCUCCCUCUGAAAAAGGAGGAAACUACGGGCACAGAGGGGGUUUGCUUUGCUGGGGAGAACAGUGUUUGUCUCUAAACCUCAGCUGACUGUGAGCUGGGAUUCUGGACACAGCCAGGGAUUUGAUCACAGUAAAAUUAGGGAAAAGAACACAGGGCUUGUGGCCUGUGAUCUCUGUUUGCUGAGGAGGAAAAUGUUUGUUUUUCCUGCAGCUUAACACAAGUUCCAGUUGUGUCCUGCUCUGUGGUGCUGGGAGCAGGAUCACACAGCUCAGGGAAUGGUUUGGGUUGGCAGGGAUCUCAAAGCCCCUCUCAUUCCACCCCUGCCGUGGGCAGAGGCAACUCCCAGGAUCCCAGGGUGCUGCAAACCUUCCAGGGUUUGCCACUUCCAGGGAGCCGGGGCAGCCACAGCUUUUCUGGACAGGCUGUUUGGGAUCAGCCAAAUUCUCCUUUAUUCAUUCCUUGUGAAAUAACACAAAGAUUCCCAAACUCUCCAUUAAAAAAUCUCCAUUUCCAGAGUGCUGACUGAAGGGUUUCUAGACUCAGCUUCUGCUGUACCACCUAAAAUUUAACACACAUGUACCCACCUUUCACCCACUCUCACAGCCAAAACUCAUGGAAAAGGCACAGAAACUUCGGCUUUUUGGAAUGUCCAUGUGCCUGGGACCUCUGUGGCUCCUUGAUGUAACGGGUCAGUGAUAGGCUGGGGAGGCUGUGGGAAUCCUUGGGAUACACAGGAAAAAAGCCCUGGCUUUUAUUAAGCACAGCAGCCUUGGGAGCAGAAGGCACCUUGCCGUGGUUCUGCUGUGGAGAGCUGGGAAAGCUCUGCAGGGCUGGGAGUUCCCAGCAGCAAUCCCAGAGCCUGAUCCACCAAUCCCUGCCCCGAGGCACUGGGGUCCCUGGGCACAGCAUCCUGCAAGUUUUCCGCUUCCUCACCCCGUACGUGAGCGCGUGUAACUCCUUUUUCUCUGGAUUUUCAAGCAGUUGAGCAUGGUCUGAUCCCUGCACCAAAGUUCCCGGCUUAUUGUCUAUCCUUUUUUUGUAAGCUGCUUGGAUUUUUCUUCUUGUUAUAAAAUAUUACAGUUAUUUUUUAUAUGCUUCAAA